AAUUAGAAAUGGUCCAGCUGUAAACUUCGGUUAGAGAGAGAGAGAGAGAGAGAGAGGACUCGCCUCUGUCCCUCAUCACGUAUUUAAGAGAGCAGCUCUCUACUGUUUGCUAUUUGUUUUCUUGUUUGCAUUCACAGAGAUAAAAUCUUCUUUGGGUUUUCGACUUUGGGGGUUAAUUUGCUUUUCUUGAAUUUCUUUGUGGAGCAGAUAUGAAGAUUGAAGCUUAUAGAGCUCUCGAUCUGUGUCUGUGAAGCAAAUUUAGCUUUGAUUUUGAUCCUGGGUGUUACCCAGAAAUUCGUGUAUGAAACUGUACAUGUGAGAGAUGGACCAAACCGUCGAACGUUCUCCUAAUGCACAGAGGGGUUUUCGAGUUCAAGCUCCACUGGUUGAUUCUGUCUCAUGCUAUUGUAAAGUAGAUUCAGGCUUGAAAACUGUUGCUGGGGCAAGAAAAUUUGUUCCAGGAUCUAAACUGUGCAUCCAACCUGAUAUCAAUCCUCGUGCACACAAGACUAAAAGCUCACGCAGGGAGAGAACCAGAUUUCAGCUACCCCUCUUGCCAGGCCUUCCUGAUGAUCUUGCCAUUGCUUGUUUAAUUCGAGUCCCUCGUGUUGAACAUAACAAUCUGCGUCUAGUUUGCAAGAGAUGGAAUCGACUUCUUGCCGGAAACUACUUUUAUUCUCUUAGGAAAAGUCUUGGAAUGGCAGAAGAGUGGGUUUAUGUCCUUAAAAGAGACCGUGAUGGGAGGAUUUCAUGGCAUGCUUUCGAUCCCACCUACCAGCUAUGGCAGCCACUUCCACCUGUUCCGGCAGAAUAUAGUGAAGCCCUUGGGUUUGGUUGUGCUGUUCUGAGUGGUUGCCAUCUGUACUUAUUUGGAGGAAAAGAUCCAUUGAAGGGUUCUAUAAGGCGGGUAAUUUUCUACAGUGCUCGGACAAAUAAAUGGCACAGGGCACCAGACAUGCUGCGGAAGCGUCAUUUUUUUGGUUCUUGUGUCAUAAAUAACUGCCUUUAUGUGGCUGGUGGAGAAUGUGAAGGAAUCCGGAGAACUCUCCGUUCUGUUGAGGUUUAUGACCCUAACAAGAAUCGUUGGAGCUUUGUAGCAGAUAUGAACACGGGUAUGGUGCCUUUUAUUGGGGUUGUUUAUGAUGGAAAGUGGUACUUAAAAGGACUAGGGUCCCACCGAGAGGUCCUGAGUGAAGCCUAUAUACCUGAAACAAACACCUGGACCCCAAUCAGUGACGGGAUGGUUGCCGGUUGGCGCAACCCUAGCAUCUCUAUGGAUGGAAAGCUCUUUGCGUUGGAUUGCCGUGAUGGGUGCAAACUUAGGGUUUACGAUGAAAUAACAAAUUCUUGGAAAAAAUUUAUAGAUAGCAAACUCCAUUUAGGGAGCUCUCGUUCGCUGGAGGCUGCUGCUCUUGUUCCCCUUAACGGGAAGCUUUGCAUCAUCCGUAACAACAUGAGCCUCAGUCUGGUUGAUGUGUCGAGUCCUGAUAAACAAGUGGAGACUAAUCCUCACCUUUGGGAAAAUAUUGCUGGGAAAGGUCACAUCAGAACUAUUUUCACAAAUUUAUGGUCGAGUAUAGCUGGGCGAGGAUUGAAAAGUCAUAUUGUGCACUGUCAGGUGCUUCAAGCAUGAUGGAUGGUCUGCGCUUUCAGGUGUUACAAGCAUGAGAACUGGUAUUCACUCAGCUUGUCUUUGCCAACAAGAUUGCUUCAUAGUCUUCAUCAAUCUGUCGUGGCUGUGUUGGUAUACUGUGAAGUUACAUUAGUUGCAAAAUGAUGAUAUUGUUCAUACCCUCUGAACCAAAUAGUUGCAUUUGUCCUCUUUUGCUUUUUGUUUUUCACUUUUUAGGGGAGAAUGAGACGACGGUGAUUUGCAGGCGUGGACUUAAAUUCUCACUUUACAAAAAUGUUUGGCUUGGUGAAACUGAAAAUGAACAGAAUUUUAGGAGAAUUUGAAAAUCAACUGGGAAAAGGAAAUUUCAUUGGCAGCUCUUGUAUAAAUUUCAGCUAGAAUUGAUACUGGUUCUUCGUCAUUCAGAUGUUACACAAGCAUUUGUAAUGUGAAGGUGAUUUACUGUUGGUUUUGGCAAUAGAUUUAGAGGCCAUUUCUUUUACAUUCAUGAAGAGAGCAGAUAUAUAUAGUUUUCAAACUUGUAAAAUCUUUCUCAUUUGGAUCUGGGGCAGUGCUCUUUGAUUGUGGAAUCUUAUCUUCGUAGUUAGCAUAGUAUGUAAUUUUGGAGGUGCUUUGUGAAUAUACAUGGGUUAUUUAAUAUAA